UCAGAGUUAAAGAAGGAAGACGACGCAACUUAUCGCUUCAGAGUGGAAACUAAUCAUCUCGAUGCAACUUUUACUGGCCCAGAAGGAGUGAGAGUCACAGUCGUAGACGGUGCUCAGAUGGAGGUCAGCAGCUCCAGAGGUGACGGAGACGUUAAGAGAGGAGAAGCCGUCACACUGAGCUGCUCUGCUGGGAUCUGCACCACCCACCAGCUGGAGGUCACCUGGUUCAGAGACGGCUCCGCCCUCUCACAGUCUGGCCCCGCCCUCCACCUCAGCGACCUGACUGCAAAGGAUUCUGGGAACUACACCUGUGGUUUGAAGGGGAGGGGGCCCACCCUCUCCGCCCCGUACAGCCUGCAUGUGGGGGGGGCCGACGAGGAAGGAGGGGGGGGGCGUCUGCCUCUGAUCGUUGGUCUGGUGCUCGGGGUCCUGCUGGUCAUCAUCAUCGCUGCUAUUCUGCUCGUCUGCAUCAUCAAAAGGAAGCGAGCAGCAGGUCCACAUCAGUCAGGGAGACAGGACCAGGACCUGAAGCUCUCUGCUAACAGCAGCAGCGUCCUGCCGCCGGCUGAGCGUCAGGGACCCGUCGCUGUUGAGGACGUCAACUACGCCUCGGUCCAGUUCACACACAAGAACCCCGCCAGGUACUGGA